AAUUGGGUUUAUUGUUAAAGCACUGGAGCUGCUAAUCCUCACAGACCUGUAGGAGCUGGCCAGGGGAGUGCCCAGAGCACAAUUCUUCCGAGCCCCUGGCGUCCCCGGAAACUUCAACACUGGAGGAGAUGGGGCGAAAGGAGGAAGAGGAUGAUUGCAGUUCCUGGAAGAAACAGACCACCAACAUCCGGAAAACCUUCAUCUUCAUGGAAGUGCUUGGAUCAGGAGCUUUUUCAGAAGUGUUCCUGGUGAAACAGAGGGUGACCGGGAAGCUCUUUGCUCUGAAGUGCAUCAAGAAGUCACCUGCCUUCCGGGACAGCAGCCUGGAGAAUGAGAUUGCUGUGUUGAAAAGGAUCAAACAUGAAAACAUUGUGACCUUGGAGGACAUCUACGAGAGCACCACGCACUACUACCUGGUCAUGCAGCUCGUUUCUGGAGGGGAGCUCUUCGACCGGAUCCUGGAACGAGGCGUCUACACAGAGAAGGAUGCCAGCCUGGUGAUCCAGCAGGUCUUGUCAGCAGUGAAGUACCUUCAUGAGAAUGGCAUCGUCCACAGAGACUUAAAGCCUGAGAACCUUCUAUACCUCACCCCGGAAGAGAAUUCAAAGAUCAUGAUCACAGACUUUGGUCUGUCAAAGAUGGAGCAGAGUGGUGUCAUGUCCACAGCCUGUGGGACCCCUGGCUAUGUGGCUCCGGAAGUGCUGGCCCAGAAACCCUACAGCAAGGCUGUGGAUUGCUGGUCCAUUGGCGUCAUCACCUACAUAUUGCUGUGUGGGUACCCUCCUUUCUAUGAAGAAACCGAGUCUAAGCUUUUUGAGAAGAUCAAAGAAGGCUACUAUGAGUUUGAGUCUCCAUUCUGGGAUGACAUUUCUGAGUCAGCUAAAGAUUUCAUUUGCCACUUGCUAGAAAAGGACCCAAACGAGCGGUACACCUGUGACAAGGCCCUGAGGCACCCCUGGAUCGAUGGGAACACGGCCCUCCACCGGGAUAUCUACCCAUCCGUCAGCCUCCAGAUCCAAAAGAACUUUGCCAAGAGCAAGUGGAGGCAAGCCUUCAAUGCGGCAGCCGUGGUACACCACAUGAGGAAGCUGCACAUGAGCCUGCACAGCCCCGGUGCCCGGCCAGAGGUGGAGAACAGGCCUCCGGCGCCCCCGGCCUCAGAAGACUCUAGAGCCAGCUCCCCAGAGAUCACCAUCACAGAAGCCCCCGUCCUGGAUCCCAGCGUGUCCUCUGCAUUACCCAGGAUGCCCUGCCAGAAAGGCCUCCAGCCCGCCGCCCCCGGGGGCAGGUCCCUCAACUGCCUGGUCAAUGGCUCCCUGCGUAUCAGCAGCAGCCUGGUGCCCAUGCAUCAGGGGCCGCUGGCCACAGGCCCCUGUGGCUGCUGUUCCAGCUGCCUGAGUAUUGGGAACAAAGGAAAGUCCUCCUACUGCUCCGAGCCCACGCUCCUCAAGAAGGCCAACAAAAAACAGAACUUCAAAUCAGAGGUCAUGGUGCCAGUUAAAGCUGGAGGUAGCUCCCACUGCCGGACAGGGCAGACAGGGGUCUGUCUCAUUAUGUGAUCGCGGGAGCUCGUGUCUGUGUCUCUGCAGUUUUUCAGGAGACAUGUCCGACUCUUCUCUGC